AUCACAAGGCAAUUGCCAAGUGGACAAGAUAAAAAGCCGAAUGAGAUAUGCUUAUCUUUCACAUUCGAAACUGUAACCACCUUCAUUGCUUUGCACUUUUCGCAGCAACCAUUAAUGGAGAAAUUAAUAACAUAAGACUUUAAAAGGGUUAUGGGCGAAACUGCAGCAAGUUCUUUUGCUUCAUGCCAGCAACAUUUGCUAGCUGGUCAAUAUAGCAGUGGGAAAUGGAAAGCAAAGCUAAAGAUUCAAGAUUGGCAAUGCCAUUUCUUAGCGGCUGAACCAAAAUCAAAGAAACCAUUAUUGUUCAAGAUCAAGAAUCAGAUGGCAACUAAUCCUGCCACUUACUCUUCAAGAAUCUCUACUGAUAUUCCAAUCUAUGAGUCUCCUGGGGCUUCUUUCGAUAGAUAUUUGGAGGAUAAGCCCAGAGUUUUCAAGGCAAUGUUUCCUGACAAAAGGAGGAGUGAACAACUCAAUAAGGAAGAAUGGAGAAUCCAGAUGUUGCCCAUUAAUUUCUUAUUCCUUACCGUCUGGCCAGUAGUAGACAUGAGGUUGAAGUGUAAAUCAGGAGGGAAAGAUUACCCGCCGGAAGUUCCAAGAAAUAUUACAAAGGUUCUUGAGCUUGAAAUUACAAGAUGGCAACUUCAAGGGCUUGAUAAUGUUCUUGAGCCAUCUCAUUUUUCCCUUGGAGUAGAAGGGUUGUUAUAUGCUGAUAGACUAGGAGCGCGAACCAGGCUCAAAGGUCAACUGGAGAUGAAUAUAAGCUUUGUUCUUCCUCCUGUGCUUGCUUUGGUUCCGGAAGAUGUUCGCAAGAAUGUAGCGGAGUCAAACAGGUGUUAACGAGAUUGGUGCAGAACAUGAAGUAUAAAGUUAAUGGGAGCUUGCUUGCUGAUUAUAGUGAGUUCAAAAGGGAAAGGCCUAAGAAUCCGGGGUAGAAUUAUUUGAGCAGGUGACUUCUAUCUUAAGGUUGAUUACAGAAGUGAAAGCUGGUGGAGAUAAUGCGUAGUGACAUAGUGAAGCAAGGCGGAGAGAAACAAGAAGAUGUGGAGGACAUUAGAUCAGAAACAGAGAGGUGUUGAACUCAAAUGCAUUCGUCCAUUGUUUUGACAAACUUAGAAUGAACAAACUCUGGGUAGACUUGUAGAGCUGAUGAGAAAAUAAUUGAAACUGCAAGUGUAUGAUAAUGUCUUGAAAAUUUUUUGGAUAUGAAUUUGCUUCUUUGUUAUACACAAAUAGAAAAUGUGUGGUUUGGACCUCAA